AGCGCGUUCCGAGGCUGAACUCCGCGGUCUCCAAAUUGUCUACCAGUGUAACUCCUGCGCAGACAGAACACACACUCUCCCUUCUCCGUUAGCUGUUUCCAGCCCAGCCUCGCGUCAAAGCGUGUAAUAGAGCCGCUGGAGCAUACCGUGCCACUGUCACGUUCUGCCGCGCCUCGUAUGAAGGUGCAGGGCGACUCAAUGCCAGCAGCUCCCCCCGGACAGACGUGAGGCUGACAGAAGAGUCCGAGCUCCUUCCCCGCCAGCUUUUCACAUACACACUCUCUCCCCUUCGCUUCCAGAAGCCUGUUGCCUUCAAAAAUGCCGAGCCAGGGCUCAACAACUAAAAAGUGCGUGGUCUGCCACGCACAACUAUAUGUAGCCUGCAAAACCUGCAAGACGUGCAAGGCAGAGCAGCCGCCUAAGCUGAGGCUCAGAAAAAAAAUGGAAAAGUUUGAUCAGAAGCGGGAGAGCUGGGUCCAUACCCACCAAAAAAACCGGACCACGUCUCAUAUUCGGGAUGAAGCUUAUAUGUUGCUUGAAAAGUUGCACGCUCUGGGAGUAAGGGCUGUUUUGCUUUUGUCAAGGCCUGGAAGAAAGAAAAAUGCCUGGGUGUCUGAGGUUUUGGCACCCCGUUGCAAGCUGACUGAGACAUCACGUACAUGUCUACAAAGAAUGAAAGACCUCUAUGACAUCGUUAUUCAAGGCUGGACCCCACAAGAUGCUUCAGGACAACAAGAAGAACCCUCAUCAGCCCCUCUUGAACCACCAACUGGAUCACAAAUGGUCCCAACAGACCCCCAGGUAGCAAUGGCCCUGCUUGUUCCCUCAACAGUCCCAACUGGGAUUUUGGCAGCCUCAACUGGACCCCCGGCAGCUCCAAUUGGACCACUAAUUGGACAGCCAGCAUCCCUGAUAGGACCCUCUGCUCACCAUGCAAUCUCAGAGCAGCGAUCCCAGAACCUGGGAAAAGGACAAUAUUCCCCCGAAGGACCACCAGCAACCUCCCAAGUUUGUCUUGAAAAAGACGGACAGAGAGAAAUCAAAACUGAAACAGAAAGUUCUCCGACGCCUGUAUCCGCACCAGCUUCCUCGUCCCCAGACAUCAAACUUGAAACGGGAGACAUCGGAUUGACCAGCGAUCACCCCGCCCACCUCAGUUCCUGCCCUGUGCUGUCUGUCACUGUGACGGACACAGGGUUUUUUGGUGACAUGGAAGACGACUGGGAGGAGAGAGAAGAAACAGGGCAUUGUAGACAGAAGGAGAAAGAAAGAAGAAGAAGAGAAAUGGGGCCUGAAAUGCAGAUAUACAGACCGACACAGAGAGGAACUGAGGAAGAAAGCACAGAGGCAAUGUGUGUUGGCCCUCCCACUAAACCCCAGAGUGUGCUGGCUCAGUGUAAAUAUGAGAACACAGCCGCCUCCACCUCUGGACAUGAAGCAGCACAAUUACAAGCGGUGACACCAGAGAAAAGGGUUCCCCAAACAGCCCGAACCCCAGACAUCACUCACACCUCCUACAAGGUGGAGGCUCCACCCUCGAGGCCCUCCAAUAGCUGUGAUCUGGAUUCAAUGGACCUUGAUCAGCUGAGGAGAGAGAAGAUAAAGAUGCAGAUAAAAGUCUUGAGGUUACAAGAGGAAUAUUACACUCAGAAAUUAAAGGGACAUAGAACAUGAAAUGGUUUCAUUGGGGUCUGAUUGUGAAGCUAACGGUUGCAGGACAAAACAAUCACUCAGGGAUCGCUGAGGGUGUUUACAGGUGCAUCAGAAUACUCCAUUCAAAAACUGCCUGUUGACAACGUCAUCACUUCCAUCUGUGUCUCAGUGGAGAGCAGAGGGGUUUACUCACCGUAAACCUGAACCAACAAAAACAACCGCUUGAGAACUGAAUCAAGUUUUUGUGACGAGUUUUAAAGAACUUUGACAGUGACAUCAUGUUCAUGUCUUUCUGUUUGUUGUUGCAAUCCCAACACAUUUUUCUGUGAAAUUUGCAUGCGUGUCUUUUCCUGGAUGUCAUCUCCUAGCUACUAUUUUACACAGUCAGGCCAAGUCUGUCAUGCAUUACAGAUCUUCAAGGUUUUGUCACAUAAUGAACUUUGUGCCAAUUUAAUACUCGUGACUAACUGAGAUCAUAUCCACCCCGUUCUCAACGCCAUGAGGGAAUUUCUUCAAAUUGAGCAUGAACACAAAUAGUAAUAACUCAUAUUUUGCCAAAAAUAAUACCUUUAAUUACAUUCCUUCAGAGUCUACACUAUAUACAGUAUAUGAGUUUGGACAGACAUCUAUGUAAAUGCAACUGUCACAAUUAUUCCACUGAUUGACCUAACAAGACUUUGGAGAGCAGUUGCUUGUGGGUCCAGCUGAGCUGAGGCCAUGUACCAAUGGAGCUACAACAAACACAUCUUAUGACCUUUUGAUUUUGAGACACCAAUAUGCUGUGCUGUGCAUCAAGACCCAGAUGAAAUAGCUGUCUUUAGCCUCAAGCAGCUGCUAAGUGGCAGGUUUUGAAGAAUGAUGUGUUUGUCUGUUCAGGUUUCCAGGACUGUGGGCAGACUGUCGAUGUGUUGUACAGAGACUACAAAAAGUAAAGUGAACCUCAUACAUUGUUAAGAAAAGCCUCUAAAUGUAUUGGAGAGUUGUUAUUAAUUACAACAUGUUAGAGAUGUUUUAUGAUAUGAAUUUCUUUUUAUUCUACAGCAGUUGGACUGUAGAAAUGCAGGCUGUCGACAGUAAAUAUUUGGGUUUUAAGAAAAAGGUUCUUUUACUGUAAUUUGAUGGUAAGUGGCAACCUUAGUUUUUUUUUACCGUUUAA